AUGAAGGAGAUUCGGGUGCAAUUCUUGAUAGCACAUAGCAUCUCGAUGGUCUAUGAAUCUGUAAUGUUCACCAUCGUACCCGAACUGUACUUUCCGGGGUUGUCCGGCCGUAUCCUUGGACCAUGGGAUUCUGUUUUUGGCUUUGGAGCAAGACAUGCUUUUGGUGCCGGCGCUUUCUUGACCGUCGUCAUCAACGAGUCGGUGAAGCAAAUGUUUACUUUCAAGCACCAGGCUCUUUUGGAUCCGGAUAGUCGACUGAAAGUUUCAAAAAAGAAUUGGUCAAUCUACGUGGUCGUUUUCUAUAUCUUAAAUAGCGGCAGUGUUUUUAUUGUCGUCGAAAUGCUCACUUAUGAAAGUGGUCCUGACUCUCCUGGCCUCCAGGCAUUCUUUGCAGAAUAUCCCUGUAUGUCGGUGCUGUCAAAUUAUACGCAUGUGUAUGCGGCUAUGGAUAGUAAUUUCUCGAAUACAAACAUCUCAAUCAUCAAAACUUUUGGGUUUAUUGUGUUGUAUAUUUGUGUGGGAAAUAUCUCAAUAAAUUGUGGCUGCAUCAAUCAUUCUUUUCAUAUCCUUGAGAAGGAAUCUAACCACAUGAGCGCAAGUACGAGAAGGAUGCAAAAGCGAUUUUUGACAACGUUGUGCAUCCAGAAUAUAAUCCCUCUAACGGCAUCUGGUCUCCCUUGGCUGUAUUUUCCGUUUAUUUUGAUCACAAAGGUUGUGGAUCCGCAUCCAGGGAGUAGGAGCUUUUCUAACAGUGAUUCUCGGACAAACCAAUGUGCAAAUGUUUACGUUCAAGCAUCAGCUACUGCUGGAAACAAGGAGCCCCUACAAAAAUAUCCAUGUCUGUCCGAGCUGUCCAAUUACCCAUUUGUCUAUGCGGCAUUGGAUGGCGGGAUUCCGUACACAGACAUACCGCUUGUCACGGUCUUUGGCGUUGUUGUGCUUGCCAUCUGUAUCGGUCACACCGCGCUGGUAAGU